AUGCGUGAAAAAGUCAAUCCUACCCAAUCCCAAGGGGCAAAAACGGCGAGAUUCGUUGAUCGAUUCAAGGCGGCGGCGCACAAGAAGACGGCAGCAGUCCGUGGAUGGUAUGACAGACGAGGUCGAGGGUGCCUCAAGUCCGUGGUUGAGAGUGAGUCGGACGAACCGGCGACCCGGAUUGAAGAGUUCCUGACUCAUGCUGGUACCGCAGAAUUUCGUAGAUCGAAAACCCACCAACCAGAGACACGCAGCAAGCCGUCAACAACCCCCGAGCCCGAGCGCGAGUUCAUACCCGGACACCGAGAAGCCAUGUUCGACCUUGCAUUCGGAUCUGGGUCGGUGAGCAGCUUUUCAAGCUUGCAAGACAUAUGCAACGGAGCCCCGGGGUCCCUUGUAUCACUUCCGUCGACUUUCUCGACGCGCACGAUGAGCCCGAUAUUUGUCCCUGAAACGAAAGCGCCGUCACGAUAUGAGCGUCGUCUCUUUGGCAUUGACACGCCAGAUGACUUUGACCAAUUCCGGUCCGGUGUGCGACAUAGCAUCGAGCUAGACUCUACCCCGACAUUGUCUGCGGAGGAGAAGCCAGAGCCAAAGCUCAAUAGCUUGACUGUAGAUUCGACGCCCAUCCCUGUCGGUCAAGAAAGCCCCAAGCCUCGUUUCAAGGCAUAUCCUGGCAAGACAGACACUGAGAAGCAGGACCCCGUCACGUUCCAAGCGUACUCGACUGGAUCGAAGCACAAGAAUGGCAGCGUUGGUUAUAUUCCACCUACAUUACAAUCGGGUUUUGUCAAUGGGGUUCCACCUGUUCUCCAGGCCGCACACGGCGGGAGCAACUCGGCUCAACGACAAGCUACUCGUGAUCGAGAGGGCACGACGCUUACAGAUCGUCCAAGUCAAAACUACGCGUGGCCACUGGUGGAUUUCCACAAGGAGAUUUUUCUGAAUGCUGAUCCGUCACAAGCUAAUCACUCUACCCGGUAUCAGGAGCCACGCAUUCCUUCGAUGGAAUUUUCUGGCCGGGGUUUGGAGGACGAAAUGAAGACGGUGCUGGGCAAUCUCCACAGGCCGGUGGUCGACAAGAGGGCUGGGCAAGUGGAAGAUCGAGCAUGGAUGUCACCCAGUUCCCCUUUGCACUCGACCGCAUAUGCAAGAGAAGCGUCUAUCCCGGGAGUGACGAGAAGCUCUGUGAAUCUCGAUACUCAACCCCACCCGCGAGGUUCUACUGUCGCGGAGGCGGCGCAGAACCAGGAGAGCUUUCUGUCAAGCGACGGCCGAAGAAUCAAGUUCAGCGAGUACAACUGGCCGCGAUUCAGCGACGACGGAUACACAGACCCAGCCGAGGAAUACUCGCGCCAGUAUCGGCGCCGGAGACGGGAAGCGCGAAGAGGAGCGGCUGGACGAGGAGCGGUCUAA